GGUCCUCGCAACUGUAUUGGACUCAGGUUUGCUCUUCUGGAGGCUAAGAUUGCUCUCAUGGAGAUUCUCAGGAAGUACAGCUUUGCCCGCGCACCAGAAACUGUGGCCAGCCCGAAGCCAUCAACAGGGUUGACAAUGACUCCUAAAGGAGGAGUACUGCUAAAGAUAAUACCAAGAACCUAGUAAACGAGAACAUAGUUGGAUAACACCAACUGUAAUAUAAUGUUAUUAC